CGUGACUGACACCUGUCAGUAGUGUCAAAUUUUGAUAGUUGAAAUUGUCAAAAAUUAAAUCAGAGUGGUGUUGGCAAGAAGUUUUAAAGUGAUUUUUUUAAACAAUUUCUAAGGAUUAUUAAGUUAUGUGGGAGGCCUAAAUUACUACAAACUGCAAAUAUGUCGUGGUUAAAUUUCAAUGACAGUCUGAACUCCCUGAAAGGCCAAAUUACCAAUUUUGCCAGCAAUGUUUUGGCCGAAGACGAAGAUCAACAAUUAUCCACUGAUGAACUUAAAAGGAUUUGUCAACAACAAGAAGAGGAGAUCGAGAAACUGAAGAAACUUAACAGAGAACUGGAGUUUCGAGAGAAAAAUGCGUCCGGGGACGGUCCGGAAGGGUCGUGGAAUUGGGAAAAUGCGGAGGAAAACGAAUCGGAAACCGCCUUGAAGGAGAAAAUCCGCGCGUUGGAAACCGAAAAAUCCGAAUUGCUGCAAAGGCUCGAGCAGCUCGACGCCGAUAAUCAGGAGAAUCUGCUCAAUAUAAUGAGAAUCAAAGAUAGACUCCAAUUAGAACUAAGCGCAGCUAGCCAAAACUAUGGCAAAUUGCUAGAAGAAAACGAAAUUCUCAAAGCGAAAGGCGAUGAACCUACUCCAAUAUUCAACCGCGAAUUGGAAGAACUGAAAAAAGAAUUAAUGGUUACGAAGAGUUCAAACGAAAACUUCCAGAAAAUCGCCGAGCAAACGAAAAGCGCUAACGCCGAUUUAGAAGAGAAAAUCAACAAACUCGAAUGCGAAAGCAAAUUAAUCUACGCCGAAUUGAAGAAAAGCAACGAGCAAAUACGGUUUUUCGAGAAAAAAAGCAUCGAAGACGAAGACAAUUGCCAAAAACUGGCCUUCAUUUUGGAAUCGUACGAAACACAAGUAAACGCGCUAAAGGAAAAUAUCAACGAGCUCACAGCCAAAUACGAAGAAUCCCAAAAGCAGCACGAAGACGUCCAGAAGAAAUACCAAAACGACAUUAUUUACCUAAAAGAAGAAAUAAACAAUUCCAAGGUAUCGAAUCAAGACGAAGAAAUUGAGCGAUACAAAGAAGAAAUCAACAUUCUAAAACAACAAACGGAAGAACUGAGAUUGAAAUCGCAAGGAAGAAUGGACGUUGAAUUAGAAGACGAAUUGGUCGCUAUACAAGAAGAGCACGAGGCCCAAUUGAAUGUCAUAAGAGAGGAUCUGGAGCAAUUGAAAGAUCACCAAUCUACAAUGCAGCAAAUCGACGAUUACAAAAUGGAAAUAGAAAAUUUGAAGAAAAUCAACGAUGAAUUAUUGGCAGACAAGACUAACGAAGAUUUAUUCGAAAAAUACCAAAAUGCUAUUUACGAAAUCGAACAGCUUCGACAACAAAAAAACGCCGAUAAAGAGGAAUUAAGGAAGAUUCAAGAAGAACAUCAAGUUCAAUUAAAAGAAUUGCAGGAACUAAAAAUUAAAGAAAACAAUCAAGAGAAUUGUUUGCAACAAGAAAUUAAUAGUUACAAAGAAGAAAUAAAGAAAUUAACACAACAAAAUGAAGAAUUAUUAGCUAAAUCCUCUGCAAAAAUUGACGUCGAUUUAGAAGAUGAACUAGUACAGAUACGAGAAGAUUAUGAAACUCAAUUAAAUAUCCUUAGAGAAGAAUUAGAAGAGUUAAAAAAAGACGAUACACUUCACGAAGAAAUCGAAGAUUUAAAAAGAGAAAAUACAGAUAUAUCGAAACAACUCGCCGAAGCAAUCGACAACAACAAAAAAUUAGAAGAAACUUGUAACGAAUUACAACAAACCCAUCUACAAUUACACAACAAAUACAUAAAUAUCAUUACAGAAAACAUAAAAAAAUUCCAAGAAUGCGAAAAACCGUCCGAUUUCCAACACUGCGCCCGCGAAGACGAUCCCCAAGCCGCCGAACUAAGCAAACACAUAGAAAACAUCAUUAAAAUCCUCCUCGACCUAAAAUGCAAGUCGCUGGAUUUGGAGAAACGAAUAUUGGAGAUAACCGACGAGAAGAACGCCAUGCUGGUCGAGAAAAACCGCGAAAUCGAGAAACUCAUACGAAAUUCGGACAUGCUCAGCCAAGAAAUAGUCGCCAAGAACCAAACAAUAAAAGAGUACGAGACCGAGUGUAAUGAACUCGCCAAGAACAAUGAAGUGCUCAUUAGCGAACUGGAAACACUAAAAAGCAAUCCAGUUUUGCAAACAAUAUCGGAAUCGAACGAAGACAACAUGAUCCUGCUCGAAUCGCAAUUAGAAACCGCCAACAGGCGCAUCGAGGAGUUGGAGAAAUCGAUCGGGAAUCGCGACGAUAGAAUCGAUUACCAAAAACUGCUGAGCAACUACGAUCAACUCCAAGUCAACUACGAUUCGCUGAGGAAGGAGUUCGACGAAAACAAGGAGAAUCUAUCGGCGUCCGCCGAGAAGAACCUCAAUCUCCAAGCGGCCUUGGAGAAGCUGAAAAACGAAUACGAAAUGUUCGAGUACCAGAUCAACGAGUUGAACGUGAAUUCGGAGAGCUUGCAGCAGGAAGUCGACGAGUUCAAGGCGAAAUUCAACGCGCUCCUCAAGGAGAACUCGCGCAUUAAACUCGAUAACCAGGAGCUCGCCAAGAACUCGGCGCUCAUCGAGUCCUUGGAGGGCCGAUUGGCCACCGAAGUGGAAACCAAGAGGAGUUUCGAGGCGCAAUUGGAGACCGUCACGGAGAAAUUGAAGAAUUGCAAAAUGUCGGAAACCACGCUCAAGCUGCAAUGCGAGCAGAAGAGCAAAGAACUCGCCGAUCAAUCGGAAGCCAGGUACAAUUUAGAACUGUCUUUGAAUAAAAUCAACGCGGACUUGGCGAAAUACCAAAACAACUUCGCCGACUUGCAAUCGGAUAACGACAAGCUCCGAUCGGAACUCGACCAACUCCACGAAACACUCGCAACGAAAAACGAACUAAUCGGCGAAUUGGAAGAAAAAAAUAAAUUAGAACACGAACUGAAAAUGCCGAACGACAAAUCACCGAAUAACGACGAAGAAUACAACAAACUCAAACGCAUCCUCGACGAAACCGUGCUGGAAAAAGCCAACCUGCACUCCCAACUAAACAAACUCGCCGAAUUGCAAUCGCAACUAAAAGAAACCACCGACAGAGGAGCCGCGUUGCAGCAGCAACUGCAAGAAGUCACCAAUUCCCGUAACGAGCUCAUCAACAUGGUGACCAUGAAGCACCAGGAAAACGUGACCUACCACAACGAAAUCCAGCGAUUGAAUCAAAUACUAACAACCGAACACGAACGAUACAAAAACUUGGAGAAGCAACUCAACGACGUUCAAGCCAAAGUUUCCGAGGAGGACCUGCAGAACAAAGAUAAGAAAAUCGAGGAACUGACCGACCGCAACAAUUUCCUGAAAGAAAAGUGCGAGGUGAUCGCCAAAAAUCUCCUCGAAGAGCAAUCUACGGUCCAACAACUGCUAUCGGAGCGAUCGCAACCGUCGGACAACGAGAGAACCUUGCAGAAGAACCUCGACAGGCUGCAGGCGCACCUGAUCGAGCUCGAGGAGCACUACACGCAGGAGCAGUACCAAGCGGAGCAGAAGAACCAAGCGCUGCGGGCCAAGGUGUCGGAGCUGGAGGAGCGCGAGAAGAGCUCCAGCACCAUGUACACGUCGGUGAGCGUACGGGCCAACCAGCAGGUGGAGUCGCUGCAGAACCAGCUGCAGAACGCCCUCCAGGAGAGGGAUUCGCUGAGGAAGAGGAUCUCGGACGCGGAGGACGAGAACACCAAGCAGGCGGCGGCGCUGGCUAAUUUGCAAUUCGUCCUGGAGCAGUUCAGGAAAGAUAAAGAAAAAGAUGUGAUUAAAGAAACUGAGAGAAUUCGCCGGCAUAUCGGCGCGGAAAAACUGGUGCAAGAGGAACUCAGAGCGGAAAUAUCCGGUCUCAGAGCUCAAUUGGAGGAAAGAAAUCAAGGUUUAUUGGCAGCUUCCAGACUAUCAGACCAACUGGAAUCGUCUAAAAAGACGGUAGUAGGAUUAAAAGAAGAAGUGUCUCAACUCCAAACGAAACUAUCGAGGGCUGAGGAAGAUGUGAAGACUGCCCUGAGCACGACCGAUGGAAAAGUGGACAAACUAUUGAUAAAAAAUCUAAUAGUGGGCUUCGUGACAUCCAACAACAAUUUCACCAAGGACCAAAUGCAGAUAUUAAAAAUCAUAGCGACUGUUUUAGAUUUUAACCAGCAGGAUCACGACAAGGUGAAGCUCAACAAACCCCAACAGGGAUGGUUGGGGUCCUUUUUGGCGCCUCAAGCGCUGCCCGACAGCCAAAAUAGGAUGAACGAGGAAUCUCUAUCGAGGGCUUUUAUCAAGUUUCUGGAGAACGAAAGCAAGCCUAGAGUAGUACCCAGUCUUUUAAACGAAUCCUCAGUUUCUGAGGCAAGUACUACGAAAACCACGAACAGCCGAUCAACCACUCCGAGCCAAACUCCCAUCGUUCUAAGCGAAAUCGUCCUUCCGACUUUUAAUGAUUUCGCUCAAAAUAGGAAUUCCAGUUCGAUCCUGAAGGAUGUUUUAAAGGAUAAUAACUAGCGCAUAUCUAGUGUUUAAUCUAGCGAUUAACAACAUGUACAUUCGAAUGAAAGUGAAUCCAAAUGUAAAUAAAUAAAUGUUAUGUAAAAAAUGGUAACUGUUCAUAUUUUAUAUAACUUUUUAAUCUGUAUAAAUAAUUAUUUGUAAAUAAAAGAGGGAUAUUA